AUGCUCAACAACAUGUCGACGAGCAUAGAUGUCAGAGCACUUGAUGGUGAUCAGCAAAAACAGCUUACAAAAUGGGUUCAAGGUCUGUAUGCAACGGAUGAGCAAGGCGAGACGAACGGUAUCAGUGAUGAGACGAUGUCACACUGCCCACCCCAGUCGUUCUAUCUGUUGGUUCCCACGUUGUUCGAGCAGAGUGUGCAAGCCUGCAAGCUCAUGACUCUUGCUGUCAACACGUUGAAGGGUGGUCUUGAGUUUCUGCUCGAGCCUUUCUUGCUGCCUUCGCUGAUUGGAGGCCUCAGCUGGGUUACCAAACACUCUUGGGAGGAUCAUGGCGAUACCGAGAUCCUGCUACAGAUGCUGCAGAAGUUGAUCCGGCCAGAUUCCAUCUCGGGUGAUGCUCAAGCAAUGCAUCAAACCAUACUUGACAUGAUUGCGAGACCACUGAUCAUGUCUUUGCAAGGGCUACAGCAAAGGCAGCCGAAGCGCAAGGAUGUCACUCCUGUCAUCGAGCUGCUUCAGCCUCAUCUAGACAGUCAGCGCUCAGGCAAACUCAAUUCGCCCGAGCUCACAGAAUGGUCCGUUACUGCCAAUGGCGGUCUGCGGGCUGCUGUGAGCAAUCUUGUUCGGGGCCUGGUUCAAUGGUCUUCACAAGGUAGUAUCAGUUCUAUUCCCUACAACUACUCACACCGCGCCAUCACUACAGCUCUGGGAAUGCUUGGAGCAGAUGAAGUCUUGGCUAUCAUACUGGACGUGGUCAGGUCACAGACUCGAAGUGGAUGCGGCUCAGCGGCGCUUGAAGUUGCCACUGCCAUUGUUUGUGUACCUUCGCCGUUGCCAGCUCUGUCCCAGACCAAUGCUCUCAUGCAAUUUGAUCAAGCUGUACCGCUGUCGGUGAGUCAACGACGUACAUUGCGCCAGGCGCUGCAAGCAAGAUUAGACGAACCUAAAGAACUUCUGGCAAUGGAGACUGAGUGCGCAGAGACGCUAGUGAGACUUGGUCGUCGUGUAGAAGCGCAACUCGCUGUACCAGCACAACUCACAAUGCCUAUGACGAACCUUGAUCUAGGCGAUAUGAAUUUAUCAGGCGCAGAUAUGCAAAUGACAGGUGCAGAAAUGCAAAUGACUGCAGACACCACAACCGAUUCAAAUGGCGCUGCUGCUGUUGCCGACCAGGACUUCACUGCUGCUAUGGAUCAAUCCCUUCAGAUGGACACUACCAACAUCAACGAUACCAACUCCAUGUCUCUCGACAUGUCUAACAACCUCUUCACUGGCCAGGAUAUGGACUUUGAUCUGACUGGUACUUCGCAGCAACAUGGUAAUGGGCAGAUGAACAACGAGGAUGAUAUCUUCGCCGGACUUGAGAUGGAUCUUGGUGGUGACGAUUUUGAUUUCUCCUAG